AACUCAUUUAUGUGCUCAAUGAUUUGCAGGAUGGAUGGCAUGACUUCUAUCAAACGAAGGCAGCCGCUCAUUGCACAAUUCAACAGCAACCCCAGUAUCUUUACGUUUGUGUUGACCACGCGAGUGGGCGGGCUGGGUGUCAACUUGACAGGCGCCGAUCGAGUAGUCAUCUUUGAUCCCGACUGGAAUCCCUCUACUGAUGUGCAGGCGCGCGAGCGUGCAUGGCGCAUUGGGCAAUCGCGUGCUGUUGCAGUAUAUCGCCUUUUGUGCGCUGGCACCAUUGAGGAGAAGAUCUACCAUCGACAG